CGGCAACUGCCGCAAUCCUUCUCCUUACCAGUGUCCAAGGGCACAUGGUGAUGAAUACACCCCAUUCCUACAAUCUUUACAACUCAACCCCCCUAUUGCAAGUCAACCCUCUGGAUGGGGCGCAGUACAAAUACCCAUGCCAGAAUCUCUACACCGUUGAAGAGCGCGGUACAGUGAAGGCCGGUUAUCUUCAGCGCGUCAAUUUCACUGGAGGGGCUCAGCACGGCGGCGGGUCCUGUCAGUUCAGCAUUUCAUACGACGACCCAGAACAGUCGAACGGAUGGAACACUUCGGCCACCUUCAAGACCAUCUACACCAUUAUUGGCGGGUGUCCAGCGAAAUUCUCGGACGCCCAGGAAAACAGCAAGUCAAAUCUGCCUUUAUUGGGCAUGAAGGACCCGAGUAGACGAGAUGAGACUCUACACUGCAAUGGCGAUACCGAGGAGGACUGCACUCGGCAGUUCUUGAUUCCCAUUCCUGACUUUUUGCCCCCCGGGAAGGCGACCUUUGCCUGGACUUGGUUCAACAAGAUUGGAAACAGGGAGAUGUACAUGAACUGCGCCCCCAUCGAAAUCACCAGCAGCAAACCCUCCCAAGAAAAGUUCAGUGCCCUCCCCAACAUCUUCAUCGCCAACCUCCCCCAAAAAGACGUUCCCAACUACGACGGCUGCGUCACCGGCGGCGGCGCCAUGAACGUAGUCAACAUCCCCAACCCUGGCGAAUUCGGCAGAGUCGGCGACAAACUCACGGCCCCCGACCAACCGGCCGCCGGCAAGCUCUGCGCGAACCUUCCGCCUUUCGACAAGCCGCCCAAGUUCAAAGAGGACAAGAGAACCUUAAUGGAGGGAGGUGGCCAUGAUGGUGGUCCGACGGUUCCUCCUUCGGGAGGUGAGGUCAACGCUGGGGCUUCUGCUACCGCUACUGCUACAGGCACUGCAAAGCCACCAGCUGUUACCACCACAUCCGCUCCCGCUGCUGGUGCCACUGGUACCAAGACCAAGACCAAGAGCUCCUUCUCCAUCGCUCCCAUCUCCAGUGCCAGUGCCAGUGCCAGCGUCGGCGUUCAAGUCGACGGCGCCAGCGGUACCUUCAUCACUGCUCCCAGCGAUGGGUCAGCACCAACUGCCACGGCUAGCGUUACUGGUGGUACCGGUGGCGGUGCUGCUGAGUCCGGCUCUGGAGGAGCAGAGAAGUCGGAGGGAGGAGAAUGUCAUGAUACUGCUGCUACGGAAACUGGAGCCGGUGCUGGAGAGGGUGAUGCAGAGACCACAAUAAAGGUAACAACAUCCAUGACCCUUAUGGUAACAAUUACUACCGCCGGUCCACCGGCCGCGUCUGCCUCUGCUUCUGGGGCUGUCACUACCAGCCAAGCUCCAGGUGCCGGCGCUGGUAGUGGCGCUCCUCCAGCUGCUUCUGCAUCUGCUUUUGCUUCUGCAUCUGCAUCUACGGCUUCUGCAGUUCCCUCAGGACUCGGAGACUCAGCCAACAACGCAGCCGGUAACUCUGGCUCCGGUUCUGGUGGCGCUAAUGAUGGUGGCCCAAAGAAGUGCGAGAAGGACCAAGUUUCCGUGUGCUUUGGCGACGAUUACUUUGGCUUGUGCGACCACGGGUGGGCGGUUCCCCAGAGGGUCUCUCAGGGGACGAGGUGCGAGAAUGGGUCGUUGGUGCAUUCGGCGGUGCAAAGAGAGGGUGGAAAGAGGGCAGAGGGUUAUGCGCGUGCGGCGGGAGAGAGGCAUGCUAGGAGGCAUUUGAAGAGGAGGGCGGGGAGUUCGAUUUGAGAGACUUCUUAAGCUUAAGGACCGAAGGGGGAUGAAGAGAAAUUUAUCAUGGAAUUGUGACAGAUGGGCAUCUUAAAGGUAGCAUGUUGGGUCAGUUGUAUUUUGCAUUGCAUCUUUUUUGUCUUUUCUUCUUUCGAUACUGGGAGGUCAGGCACCUCUCAUGAGAUAUUAGACAUCUUACAUCGUCGAAGGCAUUUUGCUUGAUUCAUGA